AUAAUGAGAACCUCAGGUUGCAUGAGUUCUUGAUGACCCAUGGUCUAAGAGCAAGCCAGAAGCUGUUUUUCAGAGAGAAAAUGGUAAUCUGCAGAAGGGGGCAUUGCUUUGCUGCAAAAUCUUAGAGUUCUGGAUUGUUAUCUACUGGGACUUGUCAGAAGCUACCUACAGCAUUCUUAUUUGCCACAGACACCAAAUAUCACUAAAUCGCUGAGUAGCAAUGCAGCUUGCACUGCAUUCUAGAUUUGUUGCCUGGACUUCUCUUGCUCUUGUAGCCCAGAACCAGCAGACUGAUGGGUUACUUUACAGUAACUUAAGUGGCUCUAAGAAGUAUACUGAAAUGUGAUAUAUGUUGCCUACAAAAUCCAAAAAGGCUCAUGAUGCAUCACUGCACUUGGUCUUUAGUAAUAGGUGGUACAAGGUGUAGCAACUUCUCUUUCAUCUUGGAUAUCCUGACAUUCUCCAGACCAUCCCUCACCAAUAACUUCAUCAAAGUGGCGGUGCCCUGAAUUUUUGUGGGGUUUUUUCUCUACCCUCUGCCUUGCAUAUGUCUUCCUCAGACAUCUCAGGUACUUGUUACUUCCUGUUCAUCAGAUCCAGUCAGCUUCAUGUAUUCAAUGAAGUGGUCUGGUGUGAUAGACUAAGAAUGUCAAAACAAUGGAGAUUUCUGCAUUCUAUAUAUGGCAGAGACCAGGAGUGUUGACAUAGCCCUGGGGCAAAACUGUGGAAAUAGACUCAUGGUCCUGCUAGGGAAAAGCAAACUACUUCUCAUGAUCCUUGACAACGUAAAUUUUUAACACAUUUGCCAUAUCUGUCCUUGCAUUCUAAGUCCCAGUGACUGAAUUCAUGUACUUCGGUAAAGGUAGAGACAGAUUCCUGGCACUUCCUACUCUGCUGUCUUCUUGAUGUCACUCUUCAGGUUGAGUCUUCACAAGAUAGUACCUGUCCUCCUAGGAUUUACUGCCACCACCCCUGAAGGAUUCUAUGACAAUGAAUAUAAAUAGAAUCAAAUCUCAACAUGGUUCCUGCUGUAGUUCCCCAAGGAAUUGUUCACAGCAGCUUCAGAACCUGGCUAAUAUGCCCAGGGAGAACAUGUCUGGGAAUGGAUCUUGAGGGAGCACUGGGAGUUGUGGGGAAAAGAUUGAGAAAGGAGGAGUAAUGAUUUGGAGACACUGUCCUAUGACUCAGAAUUUAGCAUCCUGGCAAGGACAUCUGGAGCUGAUGCUUGGAAAAAUGAUGGUCUUUAGUAAAUGAGGUGGGGAUGCCAGAACUUCCUCGGCAGACUAUUGAAGAAUGAGUCAAGAAGCACAUGGAGGUAUUUGAAAAGAAAAUGCUGUUCAUUAGGAUGCUGAGGCGAGUGGGGCAGAGCCCAGCCUGUGGCUGUUGGACACCUGUCCUGCCGGUCCGCUUUCUGGGCGUCUCUCCUCGGCAAAUUCCAGCGGAUGCCAACUUCCACUCUGCGUCUCUCCCUGGCACAGACCAUCCGCGAGUCUUAAUUACAGGGGGUCUUGGCCAGCUGGGAGUGGGGCUUGCUAAUCUUUUGAGGAAACGAUUCGGAAAGGACAAUGUGGUUUUGUCUGACAUAAGGAAACCCCCCGAUCAUGUCUUUCACAGUGGUCCGUUCAUUUAUUCUGAUAUCUUGGAUUACAAGAAUCUUCGGGAGAUUGUGGUAAACAACCGCAUCACCUGGCUGUUUCAUUACAGCGCUUUGCUCAGCGCCAUUGGAGAAGCAAAUGUUUCCCUGGCGAGGGCAGUGAAUAUAACUGGCCUGCAUAACAUCCUGGAUGUCGCUGCGGAACACAAUCUGCGAUUGUUUGUGCCUAGCACGAUCGGGGCCUUUGGACCCACCUCUCCGCGGAACCCAACCCCCGAUCUCUGUAUUCAGAGACCCAGGACCAUCUAUGGGGUGUCCAAGGUCCACGCGGAGCUCAUGGGAGAAUAUUAUCAUUACCGGUAUGGGUUAGAUUUCCGAUGCCUGAGAUAUCCUGGAAUCAUUUCAGCUGACUCCCAGCCUGGAGGAGGAACAACUGACUACGCAGUCCGGAUUUUUCAUGAUGCCGCAAAGCAUGGCAAAUUCGAGUGCAACCUGGAAGCCCGCACAAGGCUGCCGAUGAUGUACAUUGACGACUGCCUCAGGGCCACCCUGGAGGUCAUGGAGGCCCCGGCCGAGUCCCUCUCCAUGAGGACCUACAAUGUCAGCGCCAUGAGCUUCACACCCGAGGAGCUGGCCCAGGAGGUCCUCAAGCACGUGCCGGAAUUCCAGAUCACAUACAACGUGGAUGCCGUUCGGCAGGCCAUAGCGGAUAGUUGGCCAAUGAAAUUUGAUGACAGCAAUGCUCGGAAGGACUGGGGGUGGAAACACGAUUUUGAUCUUCCAGAGUUGGUGACUACCAUGUUGAACUUCCAUGGUUCUGAAACCAGAGUUGCCCAAGCCAACUGAAAGAAUCUGAAAGAGGAGCUCCUGUGUCCUGGUCCACUGUCAAAGGAGAACUGUCACGACUCCAAGGUUAUAGACUCCAAGGAGCCUACAUUAUUUGGAACUGACUAAUUGGACUAAAUUUUGGCAGCUCAUAUUGAACUGCUAGACAAAGAAUGGAGUUUAACAUUUAAGCAUUUUUGGAAUGUUGUAGGUAUAUGGUGGGGGGACUUCUCAGGUUUUGGUGUUUGCCUGAACUUGGCUAAACACAUUCCACAGAAUAAGACUUAAGUCAUCAUUAGUUUCCAUUUCCUUAAUUAGGAUGAAGUGACCACUUCUGGGACGAAGGGAGUGUAUGACAUUUGUAUUUAAUUAAAUUCAAUUUAAAUAUUCCUCCUAAGACUUGAUUAUUCUCUUGACUAGAGACCAAAGAUUACAUUUUAAGGACUUUCAAAGAGGUACUCCUGAUUUUAAAGUAUUCUUUACUAUCCCAGCAGAACGUAAAACCGUAUUUGGUAUAUUCAUCCCAUGUCCGUCAACACUGAAGAUAUUUUGACACUGCUUCAAAAAUUAUCACUUCCAGUUUUUCUGUAAGAUGCUAGAUCUGUGGGAAAUGAAGAAUUUAAAGAUGAUGUAACCAGUGAAGGGUAGCCCCUCUCUUAUUUUGAUUGCCCUCCUGUUAGUGAACUAAGUGUAAUUCCCAGGAACAUAAUUCCCUGACCUGGCAACAUCAGCAUCUAGGGAGACUGUCUAAUGUACAGGUUUCUGGGCUAUACCCCUUUAGAUUCACUCGUUAAGUGCCAGGUGCCACUGGUUGUUCGAAUCCAGCUGAGGCCCACUAGUCAGACCAAUUUAGACCAAUGCAGUUUU